AUGAUACCUCGCAGAUCAUGCUGGGCAUUAGUCUGUCUCGUUGUACUCCUGUUCUCCACCCUCUGCACCGUCACUGCAGAUAAUUGCCACUACGAUCAUGAGCUGCGCGCCGUGACGCCUGCCACCACUGAAUUGACCAUCUCGGACCCCAACGUCAAGAGCCACUAUGUCGAGAUGCCCAAUAACUGCUAUCCAACAGGACAAGAAUACGGAACCGUGUUAGCAAUUGAUGUCGGAGCAUUAUAUACGACUGCAGGGUACAAUGCCAAGGAUGGGGAGUUCACAUUGGUCAGGAAUGAACAUGGAGAUACCAAAACCCCAAACGUCAUCGCCUCCCUCCCUACCAACGACAACACCACCGUCAUCACCACUAUGGUCCGGCAUAUGCGAGAACUGACAGAGGCGCAGAUCGGGAACGACACCAAGAUCACAAAUAUCGUGCUUGUGGUUCCAGGAGGAUUUGAUUAUUUUCAGAAGCGGGUGGUCCAGCAAGCUGUUGAGGUUGCGGAGGAGAAGACAAGAUUGAAGGUCUUGAGGGUGCUGGGUCGUCAUAUUGCUGGGUCGAUGGCGUACGGGUUCGAUAAUGAGUUUAUUUAUGGAGAGAAUGGUAUCAGACAGCCUGAUGUGCGGGAACUGGUGGCUGUGAAUCUGGAGGAGACGGGGUUUGAUGUGGGACUGUGGGAGCUUGAUAGUGGGGUUUACGAUAAUAUGGGACUAAUUGAGAGACGAGGUGGUGGUGGGUUUGGUGAGGUGGCUGCUGAUCGAGCGGUGAUGGAGGGGAUUGUGGAUAUGUUUUUGAGGGGACCGAAAGGGUCUUUCAGUGCGGAGGAAGAGGUUGAGAUCCGGCAGCCGCAAAAGGCGAUCUUGGGCGAUGAGAUUUCGAUGGGACGACUCAGGAGGGAGGUGACCAAGGUGAACAAUGUGUUCUCGGCGUCAUCGUUCCACAUCCAACCGGUUACCGACACGACUCUUGAUAUUUCGAGUCACCACACAGUACGCAUCGAAAUCGACUCCUUCUUUGACGACCGCGACCUUUCCUUAUCAUUGAACCUCCCCCAAUGGCAAGACCUGCGCUCUCGCUCGCUCACAUCAAUACUCGACACCAUAGACGAAGUCCUGGAAAAGUCCGAGGUCAUCGACGACUAUGCCAAGGGGACGAUGAAACCACUCGACAAGAGCGAAGUCGACCAUGUGCUAGUAAUGGGCUCUUCCACGCGGAUCCCCGAGGCAAUCCAGUUGAUCGAACGGCACUUUCGAGGGCGGUUGAGUGUACCCCUGACGAUCGAACCGGGGUCAUCGAGUCAGAUCCCAGAGUUGGUGCCGUUGGUUGAGGGUCAUUUCGAGAGAAAGGUGGAGAUCCCCGAGACGAUGGAUCCAGCGUUGGCGAGUGAUCGUGGAGCAGGGAUUACUGUGCGGAAGGUUGAAGAUGAUAUCUAG